UCUUAAUUAAGGGAAGAGGUGAAUGGGAAAGUUUUUACACGUGACAGUUUGCGUAACGCUGAAGUUUAACAGCUGUUGUGUCUUCAGUCGCCACGUGAUCGGCUUGACAAAAAUGACAGAUGUUUGGCGUUUGGACACAUUGCCGUCUGAUGUUCUAAUCUUAAUUUUCGAUUACUGUCAUGCCUUCGACUUGGUACGACUCAGUGAAGUAUGCACACGAUUCUACGAUAUUGUAUGUGGAAAGAUACUUUGGAUCAAGAAGAGUAAGCAGCCGAUCGCGACGAAUCAAACUUCGAGAAAGUUUCGCGAAAGGUGCAAUCCAUUAUUAUGUUUGCGCACAAAGUGGCAAGUUUCACACAACUGGCAAUAUGGUAAAUAUGAAAAAAGAAUUCUCUUUUCGCAAAACACAAAGCUCAUACCACAAAUUCAAUUAACUGAAGAUGUUUUGUGGUGGAGUGGUGGGAAACAUUUCUAUGGUCUUAGACGUACAGAACCAUUUCAAGAAAAUAACCGAAUUUUUAUUAAUGAUAAUAUUAGAAGUGAUAUAUUCAAGUUUGUUGUCAAAAAUGAGUGUAUCAUCACAGGACACAGAGAUGGAAGUAUACAAUUUUGGACGAAGUCAAGAUGUGAUGAAAAUAUAGAUUUUUAUUUUAGUAUAGACAGAGCACAUUCUAGUAAUGUGAAUGCAUUAGAUGAAACUUCUAAGGCAAUUAUAUCUGGUUCUAGUGAUGGAACUGUGAAGAUUUGGGGACCUAUUGGACAAAGAAUCUUAAAUGUACCUUUAGCAACAAUAAAUAUUUCAGAGUGCGUAUGUUCUCUUUCGGCAGAUCCAACAAGUACAAACAUUGCUAUAGGUUCUCGGGGAGAUAGCGAUAGGCUCCAUCUUCAUAUAUUUGAUCUCGAGAAUUAUACUGAUUCUGAUAUUCUAAGGCCCGAUAAAAAAAGAUGUGCGGGAAUAUUAGAUAUGGUUUGGGAUAACCCACAAAUUCUGCUUACCUGCGGAUAUGAUAGUUAUAUCCGAAAGUGGGAUUUGAGGACUGGAACGUGUGUAUAUUCGUGGCCAGAUCCAACAGAUGCAACUUUGUAUUGUAUAUCUUCAGACUAUCAAUAUACUAUGAUCACUGGAACCAAAUUUAACUGUAAAGCUGUUCUUUGGGACCAAAGGCAGCAAAACUAUGUACAACUCUAUUUCAUGAACCUUCGUAGAAUGUUAAGUCCUGUUUAUUCUGUGAGCUUUGAUAGUACACAUUUAUAUGGAGCAACAGAUCAACAUUUAGUGGAACUUAAAUUCUCAGGAUAUUCAUACAAGGAAUCCAAUUACAAAGAGAUUCUUAAGUAUGAAUUAAUAAGAACAUAUGGAAGUGGUUCAAACUGGAUUGUGUAG